UCGUUUCAUUCAUUGGUGGAAAUGAUCGUCAACAUGCGGAGGGAAGGGUUGUUAGUUUUGAUCACUUUCGUGAUCGAUUCGUAUGGAAGAUCUGUGCCGGCACCAGAGGGCUACGAUGGUGGGGUAUAUACCAUUCCAUUUAAGAAUGUUAAAUGGGAAGGUUCGUGGUCUGGGGAUGGAGGCUUCGGCGGAGAUGAAUCAGUCGGUUCGUGGACUAGUGGAGUUUCAGGAGGCUCACGGGGCGGAGGCGGCUCUCAUGGCGGUGUUUCGAAAGGUUCAUGGUCUGGCGGUACGUCAGGGGGUUCGUGGACCAGCGGUUCUGGGGGUUCAUCCAAAGGCGGAGUAAUCGGAAAUGUAAUUUCAAAGACUGUGGAUUUGGCCGAUGAUAUUGUCUCAACGCCAUUUCGUGUAUUGGGCGGUCUCGGUAAAGGGGGUUCGAGGGGUUCAGGCGGCUCUACUAAAGGAAUCGUUGGAAACGUCCUCUCGAAAACUGUAGAUCUUGCCGACGAUAUUGUAUCGACACCUUUUCGUGUAGUGGGCGGAAUCCUCGGUGGCGGUUCUGGUGGAGGAGGGUCAGGCGGUGGGUCAGGUAAAGGAGUCAUUGGAAAUGUUCUCUCAAAAACUGUAGAUCUUGCUGACGACAUUGUUUCGACACCUUUCCGCGUUUUGGGCGGAAUCCUUGAUGGCGGUUCUGGCGGAAGAAAAUCAACAAGCACCACUUCCGGUGGUUCAUGGACGAGCGGUGAUUCUCGUGGAAAAUUUGAGGGAGGAGGAUCAUUUGGCGGCGGUUCGGGCGGGUCGUGGACUAGCGGUGGAUCUCGUGGAAGUAUCGGCGGAGAGAAAACCACGAGCACCACUUCAGGCGGUUCAUGGACGAGCGGUGGUUCUCGCGGAAAGUUCGUGGGAGGAGGAUCAUUUGGCGGCGGUUCAGACGGGUCGUGGACUAGCGGUGGAUCUCGUGGAAGUUUCGGCGGAGAGAAAACCACGAGCACCACUUCUGGCGGUUCAUGGACGAGUGGAGACUCUCGUGUAAGUACCGGCGGGGGAAUAACCACAGGCACUACGUCAGGCGGUUCCUGGACAAGCGGCGACUCUCGUGGAAGUUUUGGCGGGGACAAAACCACGAGCACCAACUCGGGCGGUUCAUGGACGAGCGGUGGUUCUCGAGGAAACUUAGUAGAAGGAACGUCAGGUGGAUCAUGGACUAGCGGCGAAUCUCGUGGAAGUUUCGGUGGAGGAAUAACCACAGGCACUACUGCGGGCGGUUCAUGGACCAGCGGCGAAUCUCGUGGAAGUUUCGACGGAGACAAAACCACGAGUACCAAUUCAGGCGGUUCAUGGACAAGCGGUGGUUCUCGCGGAAGUUUCGGCGGAGGAAUAACGACAGGCACUACUUCGGGCGGUUCAUGGACGAGCGGUGGUUCUCGAGGAAACUUAGUAGAAGGAACGUCAGGUGGAUCAUGGACUAGCGGCGAUUCUCGUGGAAGUUUCGGCGGAGGAAUAACCACAGGCACUACUUCGGGCGGUUCAUGGACCAGCGGUGAAUCUCGUGGAAGUUUCGGCGGAGGAAUAACGACAGGCACUACUUCGGGCGGUUCAUGGACGAGGGGUGAUUCUCGCGGGAGCUUUGGGGGCGGAGGGAUAGUCAGCGGCGGUUCCGGAGGCUCCCGGACAAACAGCGGUUCUGGCGGAAACAAAGGGGGCAUCAUAUCGACCGCUGUAGGAAUUGCAGACGAUAUCGUCACAGCACCGUUCCGUGUCUUGGGUGGACUCACAGGUGGCGGUUCUGGCGGGUCUGGCGGUUCAAACACAGUCGGUCGGGGAGGCAUCAUAUCUAAAACUGUAGGACUCGCAGACGAUAUUAUAUCAACACCCUUCCGUAUACUUGGUGAUAUCACGGAAAGUAAUUCGGGCGGUGGAGGAUCCUCCGGUGGUUCCAGCGGUUCUGGCAAGAAAGGUGGAGGAAUUGUCUCCGGUGCUCUGGGAAUCGCAGAUGAUAUCGUUACUGCACCGUUCCGUGUGUUUGGAUAAAAUCUCCUCUCUAAGAUGACAAUUACAUGACAGUCUUAGGUGAGGAGUCUCAUCGAGGAAUUAUGCAUCUGUUGGAUAACUCGUACAGUUUUUAUGAAUCAUGUAAUCGUAACUCUGAGAAGAAAUAAAAAUAUUCACAACCCUUGA